AUGUACCCUCUGUGUUACCAUGACUGCAAUGAUUAUGAAGUAAUCCAUAUAGUGUUGCUAGGUGAUAUUAAGAAAUCUGCAGGGGCAGAUCCAGCUGAUUGCCCUGUUGAAUCUAAUGAUUUAGAGAAAAUUGCAGUAACCCAUGACCCUAGUAAAGAAGACAAAGUAGAUUAUUCAUUAUUUCUGACCUGUAAAAAAGUUGUAGGAAAGAAUUUCAUGGUGACCCUGGGAAAGAAAAAGAAAAAGAAAGGAGGGAAAAAGGGAAGAAAAAAGAAGGGAAAGACAAAGAUUCCCCUUCCAAUUUGUACAGCACCAGAUGGUCCAAGGUCCAGGAAUGGUGGUCCACCCCUUGAGCUUUUAGAACGAUAUGUGCAUUUCACAGAUAAUUCAAGGUUUGAUAGGGACAACCCACCAGCUCAUCCAAUUCAAGAUGAUUCAGCUUGGUACCUUAGCUUUCCAGAAACGUCCUAUUUAAAUAUCAAUGAUGCGGCCAAGCUUGGUGACCUGGAGUCGCUAAAAGCAGCUUUCAUCAAGGGUACCCCUGUUGAUCAGAGAGAUAAAUAYUAYAAGACCCCCCUGAUGGCUGCUUGUGCUCAUGGCAACCUAGAUAUGGCUCAGUUCCUACUGGACUUAGGGGCUGAAGUAAAUGGAAAAGAUAACUUUAAAUGGACGCCGUUGCACCACGCUUGUCACUCAGGUCAACUAGAGUUAGUGAAGUUAUUACUUGAAAGAGGUGCAGAACUCGAUGCACAAACUAUCAAUGGCGGCACACCUAUUAUGAGAGCUAUAGAGAGCUCCAGGGAAGACGUGGUUGAGUUUUUGAUAGCUAAAGGGGCCAAAAUUCAGUUGCCCAACAAGAAAGGACAUACAGCUCUUGAUGUUGCUAAGGCCUACUCUGACCCACGAGUGGUUGCCAUGGUACAGAAACGAUGGGAUGAAAUACCACCGCCCGUCGAUAAGAAAAAACGACGGCCCCCGCCCAGGCCUAGAACACCAGCGGACGAUGGUGAUGAUGGGGAACCUGGAGACGAUAAAGAUGAAGAUGGUGGUGACGAUGACUAAAUAUGGUCAUUACGGCAUCAGUCGCUUUUCCAAUUUAAACGAAUCUAAUGUGAAGCAAAGUCGGUGAAAAGGACAGCGACCUACGCUCAUUCCCUUAUGGCGUACUUUUAAUUGUGACUUUUGAAAUGAAUACCGCCAGAAAGCAUCGGUAGUUCUUCCUUAGAAACAUCAUAACAUUCAAAAUGGCGAUUCUUGAGCGAUGGACUAGGGGAAAAAAUUCCCUCCGCGUGUCGUUCAACAUUGAUGCAAUCUUUAUAAGAUAUGAAAAAAAUACCUUUUCCAUCUCAAGAAAAAAAGCAAAACUUCAAAAGGAAAAAAGUUAUGAAAAUAACCCCUCAAAAAGUGGUUUGUAAGUCGAUUUUACCAAAUAGUGUUUGCAAAAAAUGUUUAAAAAAAUGUUAAUAUAUACGUUCCUAUUCAAAACUAUAUGAUCAGAWUAAAUUGCCAUGGUAUAACUCA